AUGCGUGCUACAAGACUCACGACUCUGUGACUGUAUCGUAGCUGCUAGAUGUGCAUAUAUCCACAGCGCGCGUCUGCACGACCAUGAGCAGUCGAUCACCACUCACACUCUUGACUGUGACUCCUGACUCUGGAUCUGGACUUUCAACAUUUAGCGUCUUUCGUUGUUUCCUCUUCGAGGUACCUAAUGCCGAAAACUGCAUCCGACGGUACGCUUCCUUCACUGCCUUUUGGGAUCAAGACAAAGCUUCACUUCGAGCACCUGACAAAGACGUGCAGGCCCUUGUGGGCUACUUGAGAGCGUUGCAACAAAGUGACCUUUCGUCAUUAUCACAAUUGUGCGCUAUGGACGGCUGCAUGGGCAGCAUGAAAGGCGGCGUGUGAGACCGCAAAGACGACACGAUCCGUGCGCCUCGAUCGAUGCACUGCGUUGGAUGAGGGAUGCAAUGGCUUCAAGUCUUGUAUAGGUGCUCCUCAGGAGGAAAGGCAGAAAGUCACGAGUGCCAGACGUCUUGAGUGAUGGAUG